AACUCCACCCUUCUCAUGAGUCUUGAGCAUGAGAGAUGAUUUAACUGGCUGUCUGGGAGCACCACACCCCCACGGCUCCUCCGAGAGGCCAGCAGCCUGAGCGUCUCCCCUCACCGGGUCCUGUGGCGUACGCACUCACUCACUCACUCACUCACUCCCCACACAACCUCUCCUCUCAGCACCACGUCUGGAGCAUCAGCCAGGACAGGGAAGAGUCCACUGGGGUCACACAGAGGAAGGUUUUUUGUUGGAUGAACAGAAGUGGUCAGGGAGGUCUGAACUGAGCAGCUGUACAACUCCAUUUAAAUCUCCACGGAGGUGAGGCACCUCCAGCCUCAGACACAAACACCUGUAGACAGCCUCCAGCCUCCUGCCUCCUGCCUCCUGCCUCCUGCCUCCAGCUUCCUGCUUCCUGCCUCCUGCCUCCUGCCUCCACAGACGCUUUCAGGGGAACCGUCAGCGCCCAGGCCGUGAGCAGCCAUGACCAAAAGCACCGGGGAGAAACCGCGCUCACGCAGCCGGGUGCAGCUGAUGCGGGAAAACUUUCACCAGCGCACCCUCAAAGCCAAGAAGAAGGUGGAUGACAUCAGCAAGGACGACGUGAAGAGCUUCCUGAGGAACAAUGCUUUUGUGCUUUUUACCAUCGGAGCGGUUGCCGUUGGUAUAAUACUUGGCUUCACUCUGAGGCCCUAUAAGAUGUCCUACAGGGAGGUGAAGUACUUCUCCUUCCCCGGAGAGCUCCUUAUGCGCAUGCUCCAGAUGCUGGUGCUGCCCCUGCUGAUCUCCAGUCUCAUUACAGGAAUGGCAGCACUUGACAGCAAGGCUUCUGGUAAGAUGGGCAUGAGGGCGGUGAUGUACUACUUUACCACCACCUUCAUCGCUGUCUUCAUCGGCAUCAUCAUGGUGCUCAUUAUCCACCCGGGAAAAGGCUCCAAAGAGGAGUUCACGGAGCAAGCGAAGAUCGCAGAGAUCAGCCCAGCAGACGCCUUUCUGGACCUCAUUAGAAAUAUGUUUCCUCCCAACCUGGUCCAGGCUUGCACACAGCAGUUUAAGACCCAGUAUGGCAAACGAACAGUUCAGGUGACAAUAAUAGUGAACGAAAGCCUCACCAACUUGACCAACAACACACAACAGAUCACCAGAGAGGAGGCCAUCCCGCUGCCCGGCGUCACCAACGGUGUGAAUGCCUUGGGCCUGGUGGUGUUCUCCAUGUGCUUCGGCCUCAUCAUCGGCAGUAUGAAGGAACAGGGCCAGGCUCUCAGGGACUUCUUCGACAGCCUGAAUGAGGCCAUCAUGAGGCUGGUUUCCAUCAUUAUGUGGUACGCACCAGUCGGUAUCCUCUUCUUGAUUGCUGGAAAGAUCGUGGAGAUGGAUGACAUCACACAGAUGGGAGGGCAGCUAGGAAUGUACACCAUCACUGUCAUCAUCGGCCUCAUGAUCCACGGUAUCCUUGUUCUACCCACUUUGUACUUCGUCAUCACAAGGAAAAACCCCGUCGUCUUCAUCACGGGCAUACUGCAGGCUCUCAUCACGGCCUUUGGGACGUCAUCCAGCUCAGCUACUCUGCCCAUCACCUUCAGAUGUCUUGAGGAAAACAACAAAGUGGAUAGAAGGGUUACCCGUUUUGUGCUACCGGUGGGUGCGACCAUCAACAUGGAUGGAACAGCACUCUAUGAAGCACUGGCAGCCAUUUUCAUUGCACAGGUCAACAACAUGGAACUGAACUUUGGCCAGAUUAUCACAAUCAGCAUUACAGCAACAGCAGCUAGCAUUGGAGCUGCUGGGAUCCCCCAGGCUGGACUGGUCACCAUGGUGAUUGUGCUGACCUCUGUGGGCCUUCCUACCGAUGACAUCAGCCUGAUUAUUGCUGUUGAUUGGUUCCUUGAUCGGAUACGUACCGCCACGAACGUGCUGGGAGACUCCAUAGGGGCUGGAAUCAUAGAGUUCCUCUCCAAAGACGAGCUCCAGUCCAAGGAUGCAGAGAUGGGCAACUCCGUGGUGGAGGAGAGCCAGAUGAAGAAGCCCUACCAGCUCAUCUCCCAGGAGAACGAAUACGAGAACGAGAGACCGCCGCCGGACAGUGAAACAAAGAUGUAG